CUCCUCUCCCAUCUCAGGCGCAUUUUAUUAUAAUUUCCCAGUCUGCUCGCAAGUAUAUACGGACAAAAAGACAAGAAAUUUUAGCUUGUAAGGACUUAAAAGGAGGAAUUCAAGAAGCAGCACUACUUUUUUUUAUGGUGGCCGAGGCGAAGAGUAAACUCGCGCCUCGACAAAAUAAACAACUUUGAGCACCAGUCUUUCCUUCAACAUGGACAAAAUCACAAGUGCUUACCACUGGCUGCGCGGCGACCAAACUGACAGUGCAGUAAAUCAGCAGAGAGACCAACAUGAGAUCGAGCAAAUCACGAAGACACUGAGCCGCGGCGCCUACCUGUGGAAGGUGCGCUCCUUCUCGCGAUGGUUCCAAAGGUGGUUCUACGUCGACGCCAAUUCACACCUGCUCGGCUACCACCGCAGCGGCUACAGGAAGGCAAUGUGCUUCGUCAAUUCAAAAGUCAUAUUUGACUUUGGGGACAUCGUGGAUGUGCGCAAGGGUUGGCGAAGUGACGUCUUCAACCAGGUGGCGAAGGAGAUCGAGCGGGGGAAGCAUCGUCCGGGCAUGGAGAUCAACGAGGGCGCGUGUUUCACGGUGGUGCUCGGCGGCAACAAUCGCAACCGCACCCUCGACCUGGUGGCCGCCUCGGCCGACGAGUGCGACGCGUGGGUGCGAGGCCUCAAGCACCUGCUGCACCUCACCAAACACCAGGAAAAGAGCCAACAGUUUGACAGGUGGCUGAUGAAGAUGUUCAAAGCGGCGGACGAUAAUAAGGACGGCAGUUUAAGUUUCGACGAGUGUUUAACUCUUCUCAAACAAAUGAAUGUGAAACUCAGAAAGAGCUACGCUAAGAGACUUUUCAAUCAAGCCAACACCGUCACCAGGGAGCAGGAUAAAGAAAAAGUACUUGACGCCAAUGAAUUUGUCGUUUUCUAUCACCUACUCAUGAGCAGGCCCGAAAUCAACACACUUUUCAGCAGGUAUGCCGAUGAAAAUGACGAGCUUGACUCGGAAGGUCUGAGUCAGUUUCUGGACACAGAGCAAAAAAUAUCGAAGCACCCUGACGACUGCAUCGACCUUAUAACCGAGUUUGAGCCCUCGGACUUGAAACAACUCAUUGAACCCAAGAUGUCAGUCAUUGGUUUCACGAAUAUGCUGUUAAGCGACGAAUUUCAGUUAUGCAACCCGAUGCACCUGAAUGAAGUUUACCAGGACAUGACGCAGCCCCUUUCUCAUUACUAUAUCGCAGCUUCCCACAAUACGUAUUUAACGGGAAAUCAGUUGAGUGGGGAAAGCACUGUUGAGGGAUAUAUCAACGCUUUGAUGAGAGGCUGCAGAUGUGUUGAAUUGGAUUGUUGGGACGGGCCGAAGGGAGAGCCAGUCGUGUACCACGGCUUCACCCUGACGACGAAAAUAAUGUUCCACGACAUCCUGAGCGACGCCAUCAAACCAUACGCGUUCCGAAAGUCGGACUACCCCGUCAUCCUGUCCCUGGAGGUGCACUGCUCCGCCGAGCAACAGGCGCGAAUGGCGCACCACCUCGCCUCCAUUCUGGGCGACAUGCUGUACCUGGAGCCGGUCGACGACCUCGUCCAGCUGCCCUCGCCCGAAGAGUUGAAGCACAAAGUCAUCGUCAAGGCCAAGAAGCUCAAACAGUGUGUCCGGGACUCGACUGACGGGACAGAAGAGUCUCUUUCGGCGUCCGAGGGAGAGUCGGAGGAAGAGGAGGAAAUUGAUGGAGAGGCUGCUGUAAAUUCUGGAGUAAAAAAGCCUGCCCAUGCCGUAGAGUGCCACUUGUCCGAUUUGGUCAACGUUUGUCAAGCAGUUCAUUUCCACGGAUUGGAGGCUGCGAAAAAAAAUGGAAAGUGUUAUCAAAUGUCUUCAUUUUCUGAGGGCAAGGCGAAGAAGUUGAUUUCCAGUGAUGUGGACGGGUUCGUUGCCUACAACAUGCGUCAACUGUCUCGAAUCUACCCUGGCGGAAAACGCGCCGACUCGUCCAAUUUCAACCCCAUCCCCUUUUGGAACGCAGGCUGCCAAAUCGUUGCUUUGAACUAUCAAGGCAAGGAGAGCCCGAUAUUUUACAACGAGGCAAAAUUCCAAGUGAACCAAAAUUGCGGCUACCUUCUGAAACCUUCGUAUCUCAGAAAUCCAGCUUCGUUCAGUCUUGCUGCAGAACCAUCUUGGAAGCCAAAACUCCUGAGGCUUAAAGUGAUAAGCGGCCAACACAUUCCGAAGCCAGACCAGUCGAGCGAAGGUGAAAUCGUCGAUCCUUAUGUCAAGGUGAAAAUAGUCGGAAUGGAAAUUGACCAGAGAGAGUUUAAGACUAAAGAUAUUCAUGAUAAUGGUUUAAAUCCUGUUUGGGACGAGACUUUUGAGUUUCCUGUGUAUUACCCUGACCUGGCGAUGCUCUACCUAUCUGUCAAGGACGAAAACAGCACCGGGGCCAACGAGUUGAUCGGCGCGUACACGUUGCCCUUCACUAGCCUCCAGCAUGGUUUCAGUCAUUGUCCUCUGCUGGGGGAAGUGCGGCAGAAACUCUCCCCAGCCACCCUGUUCCUCCACGUGUCUGUCGAUUGAAGAUUUUGCAGGACGGAAAAUAAAAGCACUGCCAGAAUCGACGUCAAGCACAAAUUUUAUCUCUCGAAAUGAAUUCAAGAAAAUUGUAUUGAAAAUUUUAGAAAAUAUCAAAUAUGAAUUUUGGAGAAAAAUAAUAAUAAAUGUACCUUUCCAACAAUAAAAUGUUUUUAUUCGGAUAUCUAAAAAUGCAU